UCUUCCAGGGUGUUAAGUUCCUUUGUAUUCUUAAAAACCAACAGCAUCAGCAGGACCAGUAAUAAUACUCGCAUGGAGUUGUAGUGGUUGUAUGAAAGCAUAAAUAGUAGUAUAAACAUGUCUCGUAAACUAAUGCCGCAUAUGGACAAAUCAACGCGAUUGCUGCUUUCUGCAAAGACGAUGUUUCCAAGGGACAGCACCAUGGCACAAUGUGAACUAGAGGCCAAGCAGGUGUACAAACUGCUGCAGGAGGUACACUGGCAGAAUAAAGAGAAGGUGGUGCAUCUGUUGUGUCAUGGUGUUCCGGGUCUGAUCAACCUCACCGAGCCGAAAGAUGGGAUCAGUGCCUUGCACGUGGCUGCGUUGAACAAUUAUCUGGAGAUGGCUCAUCUUCUCCUGUCUCUAAAAGCUCACCCUGACAUCCAGAACAAAAAGGGACAGAGUUCAAUCAUGAUGGCUGCAGAACUGGGUCAUGUCGAAAUGGUGGAGCUUUUGGCAAGUAAUGAAGCCAGCAUGACCUUGGUAGACAAUGAGGGCAAAGGUAUACUGUUUUACUGCAUCAGCCCUACAAAAAUGCACGAGCAGAUCCAGGAAAUGAUUAUGAAGGGCAAAGUAAAUGCCAACAACAUCUCAUUCACUGGGAGAUCCGCAUUCAUGUUCGCCUGUGAACAUGCGGAAGACUGUGAAAACCUCUGCCUCCAGCUCUUAGAGAAAGGAGCCAAUCCCAACAGAGCUGAUCUGGUGACCGGGUGCACCGCUCUGAUGGCAGCAACCAGAUCAGGAUCUGUCCCGGUGAUGAGAGCAAUCCUACAGAGAGGAGGAAACCCGAAUGCGGUAGACAAACAACAACUGUCUGCCGCCCACAUUGCAGCAGCCAAAGGAUUUAUUGAGGCCCUGAUGCUGUUGUCAGCGUACUCGGCUGAUUUUAACUGGACGUCGUCGCUUGGGGACACGCCAUUGCAUAAAGCUGCAGCUGAAGGCCACGAACAGUGCUGCAGGUUUUUGUUUCAGAGAGGAUGCAAUGUGAUGAGGAAGAACUACCUGAACCUGCUUCCGAGUCAAGUGGCUAAACUCAACCGGUGCAAAGCUGCUAUGAAAGAACUGUCAGACGCAGAGAAAGCCCUAAAAUCAGUAAACUUCAUACCGUUCAUCAAUCAGGCCCGACUACACGAUUGGUCUUUUGAAAAUGAAGCAGUGCUCAGGCUGGCCUUCAAAUCUGUGGAACGGGCAGACUCUGUAAUGUUAGCCGAGACGUUUGUGUCUGUCCUGAAGGAUCAUCACGCCCCUAUCGAUGACGACAGCCUUCAAACUGUCGUGGAUGCUGUUGCCCAGAAAGUCUGGCGCGAAAUCAAUGUCGACAACUUCUUCUUGGGGCAUGGUUUCCUGCCAAAACAAUUCCAGCUCUCAUCCUUCAACUAUUCAUCGAUCAGAGGCACGAAGGGUAUGGCGAAAGUUACUGAGAAAGUUGCAGAGAAAGUUACUGAUAUGAUAUUACCAAAGAAAUUGGAUUCCCAUACAUGUCCUGCUAUGCAUGAAUAUAUUCUGGACCCAUCUUCCUUCUUUGAGCCGAAGGACAUUUAUAUCAGCGUCAGCGAUUGUGUAAAAAUGAACGACUUUGCGUCUCUGCACUUAGCAUUCAGCCAGAAUAUCCCUGUGGACGUUAGAGAUUGUUUUUACAAAACGCCUCUCAUGGUUGCCUGUAUCUGCGGGAACCAGCAGAUGGUUUGCUUCCUCAUCUCACAUGGGGCGAACGUGAAUUGUUACGAUCAGCUGAAGUGGACUAGCCUACAUCACGCUUGCUUUGGCGGAUACACCAAUAUUGUUAAACGGCUCCUCGACCACGGUGCUGUUGUAAACGCCAUGACUACCAACAACGUGACACCGCUAAUGAGGGCCAUCGAAAGUUGCAACCCCAGCUGUGUGGAUCUUCUCAUCAAGUCCGGCGCAAACGUCAUGGCCACAAACAAGCGCGGACAAGAUUGCAUGAUGCUUGCCCGGAGGUACGGAAAUCCACAAAUCCAAUCUCUGAUUAAAAAUGCAUUAGAAGAAGUACAGAAAGCGAAACCCAAAGCGAAAGCAGCACGUCCUGCAAAGAAGAAGGAUACGACUAAAAGUAAAAGAAUGCCGGAGGAGUGUAAACAAGCUAUAAAUGUAAAUGUCGCUUUAAACCCUGACGCUAGAAACUACUGCAUUACCACCCCCUCUCAAACAGUCUGGGGGGAGAGGGUUGUAGCAACCGCUAAACUAAAGCAGAGGAUGUCAGAGAGGAAGGUCCGUUUUGCAGAGGACAUGAUGAAAAUCUCAAAUAAUAAUGACAAUGGAAGAGUAAGACGCAGACACCAGUGUUUCCCGGAGCAUCCAUAACGUUGGAAUGACUUCAAGGAAACACAGGCUUUCAGGCUCUUCAAAGACUCAGACUGCAUCUGCAAGGAAGAAAUGAGCUCUUCAGUUUUAAGAAGUUGGUCUCUUCCAGUUGUACCAGCAGUCUUGUUUUGAACACACUUCAGGAAACCCAGUCCCCAGUAAAUAGUGCACCCACCCAGUCUGUAUAAUAAAGUUCACACAUUCAACGUGUGCAACAAUAAGACUACCUUCUGAAUGCGACAAAUUCAUUAAGUCAGGCGGGUUCAGAAUUCAUUUACAGAAUGAAAUUAAACAGAAUAUACCUUUUUUAGAAUAUUCCAGACAUCGUUCAAUAUUUAAAUCCCUGCCGCCAAAAUCAUGGAAAGUGAAACUUAAAUCUGUCACACAGUGGCUGGAUUUAAUUAUCCAUGGUAAUAAAAAUGUAUUACAACUUUUU